AUGGGAAAUUUUGUUUCACCAUCAAACGAACGCAAGUUCACUGCUCCGUCUUUGGAGAAGGACGGUCCGAAACUUACGUCCCAAAUCCAUUACGGAAGGAAAUCCACUGGUGUUUGUAUGCGAAAUUCACAUUCUAUCAUCCCAUUGCGACCUCCGAAUUAUCAGACAUGCACUUUGCCCCUUACUCUUGUCAAAAAUAGUGAAUCUCCACUUGCCCAACUGAUUUUUGCUCGUUUGUCAUCCUCUUCUUCCAAUAAACGCGCCAGUGUGGAGGUGCCUAGACACCGCCAAUCAAUUGGAUCAUGGCACCGUCCCCAUUCUGAUGUUUUAUCACAACCGUUCCUUGCUAAUAUUACCCCACCACAGGAAAGAAAUCAAUCAAUUAAUAGUAACGACAAUGAUAACGACGAGGGUGAGGAUGUUGAAGUAGAACGUUCUGAAACUGAGAGUUCUGGAAGCGCUGAAGAUGCCUGUUUUGCUUGA